AUGGGAAAGCUGAUCAAGAAUCAUUGGGCUCGCCUGAUCAUUCUGACGGCAGCGGCACGUAUGUACCAAUGCGCCGCCGGAGUGCACGGCUUCUUCUGGCCCAAGGUCUUUUGGGACUUCCUAACGAAGAAUCUCGACGGCGCCGUAAAACCCGUUCCUGUCCUGCAAAUUCUCAACUUGUUGUUCGGACUCUUAUGCCUAGCCUGGGAAUGGCCGCUGAAACCCCUCGCCGGAACUGCGAUGCACCGUAGCAUUGAGAUACGAUUGCUGGUAUUUCCCAUCAGUACGCUAUGUGCGAUAUUGCUAUAUCAGGGGACCAAUUCUGCACUUUAUUACCUGAUCGGAAUGGUUGUGUAUUUCUGGGCGUAUAGUGAGGGAGAGGUUGUCUGCGCUGAGCCAUGGACACUGCCCAGGAGAAUAAGGCCCGGCCAGCCGAAAGUGUAA